AUGUACCUUACACAUUCUUCCACGUUCACCACUGCAAGACGGUUGGGGUACAUUAUUGCACGGAAUUUCUCUUCGACAGACAAUGCAUUGAAAAUUCCCAAAAAGCCAGGAAGACGGUCACCAAACAAACAUCGAGGGAGGUGGACUCCAUCCUUGGAUCACUUGGCGAUUGAUGGCAUCGGGGCAAACAUAUCAAAACCGUUACACCCACUACUAAUAACACCAAACCUCGCACCCAUCUCAGAUCCAUCGCACAAGUCGAAAUACUCCUAUUUAUCACUUGCUAGUCACGAAGGACAAGCACCAGCAAGAAAGACAAUGGUUCCCCUCUCCCGUUUUGAGAGAGUGCAACCCUCCGAAGCCUCGGGCGGUAUCCCCAACCCUACCAAGGAAUACCUAGACAAAGCCUACACCAUGCCAGGCCGAACACCCGUUCCCUCUCCUCACGCUCGCCAUCUGCUUGUCGUAAUCGACCUGAACGGCACCCUCCUCUAUCGCCCCAACCGCAAACACCCCACCAAAUUCACCGCCCGCCCCCACGCCGAAAAGUUCUUGCAAUACUGCAUCGAUACCUUUUCCGUCAUAAUUUGGUCAUCCGCCAAAGCCCAAAACGUGAUUCCCAUGUGCCAAACGAUCCUCACCCCCGAUCUCCGCCAAAAAAUCGUCGCCAUCUGGGGACGCGAGACCUUCGGUCUUUCCCUCCCCGACUACAAAGCGCGCGUGCAAUGCUACAAGCGACUCACUAGACUUUGGGACGAUCCCGAUAUCGCAGCUACGCACCCUAAUGCCCAUAAUGGUGGCCAAUGGGACCAGACAAACACCGUGUUGAUUGAUGAUUCCAGCGAGAAAGCCCGAAGCGAACCCUUCAACCUAAUCGAAAUUCCGGAAUUCUUUGGUGAUCACAAGGAAGUCGGAGAUGUAUUGCCACAGGUACACGAUUACUUGAAUUUCCUCAGUAUGCAUGAGAACGUCAGUGCUGCGGUUCGUCAUUCGCCAUUUGUCCCGCAGCCAAAGGCCAGUCCUCGUGUGGCUACGGAUGUGAGCUUGCCCAUUCACCCACCUAGAGCUCCAACUCCUGUCAAAGCUCCAGCUCCAGUAGUUGAGCCGCGAAAACCUGCACACUCAAGUGAUAAUGUGCCUUAA